UACGAACUGUGUACCUUCCAUUUUGUCGAGUCGGAGCGAGGGUGGAGAAAUGAAGGAAUACACAAUGUUACUGACACUUCUGAUGCUGGUUUCUGUCGACUCUGUCGUCUCCGAAGAUGUGUUGUUUCCUGCUGGAACAACUUUACCAACAGUGGACCCGGAAUCAAUCCCAGAUGGCGCUACAAAAUACACUGACCCCAAAAAUACAGGGAGUUAUCUGUUUGAUUCUGAGGCUAAUAACGUAGAAAUGGAGCGGCUGGCACUCACUAUCUUAGUGAGCCACGUCAAGUCGCAGAAUGACCGCUACUUCCGGGCUCACCCAGUUCUUAUAGCAUGCGCAGAGAAAGUCAUGGUGGAUCUCACGAACCAGGAUAAACCGUUGAUGGUGAUCCGCGGGUACCAGACCAGAACAGAAAUCGGAUCAAGUCAAUCGGAUCAGGAUAUUUACGCUGCAGCAGGGACCGCAAUUCAGCUGAUGUUUCGACCCAAAGUCAAUGGCGACUUGCUCAGCAUUGCCCAGGCAGCUUUGAAUCACUGUCCUUUAAUCUUCGAGCGAGCUGAACGCGACUUCGGCUUGGUGAUGAUGUCAGACCGCGUCCAUAUCCAUAUGACUGAGGCGGACGGCGGCGGGGUGUUUCUGGGUGUCGACGGAUACACGGGGAGCGAGGCGGGCAACUUCGAGAACUGGGCGUGGCAGCAGAUUGACAACGGACUAGACCCAGAAGCAGUAGACACGUGUACGUCGUUCACAGGGCUGCCCCCUGGUGGCGUAUAUCCAACAGGCAGUCCGUCCCCUGAAGCAACGGUUGGACACGUAGACGACCCCAUCACAAGAAACUCCGAAGACUUUAAUAACCUCGUGCAGUAUCCUGGCCGGUCAGUUGAGUUUGAAAACGAGGAGCGGACGUCGCCGUGGUGUGGUGAUGUCGACACCCCGUGUCAGGACUGCAGGAGUAAACCACAGGGCAACUCUAGGUCCAGGAGGUGUGCCAGUCGACUAAUGAGCCCGAGAAUGUUUGCGUGUAUCAGAAUUCUCCAGAAACUCGUCAGGCACAAUCUCAACAGGAAACUAAGGAUUGUGUCUGCGUUUGACGAAGCGCGAGAAGGUCACACUCCUGACGCAGCCUCUCUCCGGACUGAGGGACGUCUGCUCACACUCAAACUCAGCGGCACCAACUCGGGGGCAGACAUGAACACCCUCAGCAAACUGGCGCGCUGUGCAGACAUCGACUACGUCAAGAACGACGGUACCAGAGUCAUUGUGGCUGUGAGAAAAUCAGUUGAUUGGAAUUCUGAUAAAGUGAGGUUUCCUGAAUCGUCUGUUCUGAUCGUGUCAGCCCCAGCAUCAAAGAAAGACAUCUACAAGUUGCCGCGAUACGUUGAUGAGAAGAAACACCCGCUAAUCGACCCCGACAGCCAGGAGGACCUGGAGUUGGCCGAGAACACUCCGCUGGGUUUGUUCAAGUCUAAAGACUCCGCUUACCGCUACCUGCGAGUCCAGCCUAGACUGACCAUGUGUCACUCGGCCCUGCUUCACAAACUCAACAAGUGGAAUCCACAAGAUGUGAAGACCAUUGACAUCGUCAAUGCCUACAUGUCUGCCCAGGAGGAACAGCUCAAGAUUGACGCGAUGGACCAGCGUUUUGGCAAGUUCUCCAGCGGAGAAGGCAUGGAGAUAAGACUUGGAGCCUCAGACCCGAACACCAUCGUCGACGCGUCAUCGCUGUCGUUACUGCUGAAGACGACUGUAGACAUGUGUGGCCCCAUCUUCCACGACGCUGCCUCAGCGGUAGGCAUCGGGCUGUACAAGGACACGGUGUUCGUUUGCAUGCAGGACGAGUUUGAUUUCUGGACGGACGAUCAAAGUCUUAUUCCCAGUGAAUACUUCCUUGCUUCAUAUAAGGAAAUGCUACAGAACAGGUUCAAACUGGCAUCGCAACAUCGGCUGAUCGACCCAGAUGACCUUGACGAUGCCUGUAGUAACGCUGACCCGCCAGCCCGCCAAUCUGUACACUUCCAACACACGCACUCGGCCCGAGUUGUGAGCCGAGGCCCCGACGAGUGCGUGCCAUCCAGUGGCAGCCAGUUCUGUAGGGACACGGAGCAAAUCAGAAAGAAUCACAUCGAGGUCAUGGCAAAGGAAUUGGCGCGCAAAUGGUGGUAUCACGAUCACGAUGAGCUACAGGCAGCCUUUGAGAAGUGUUUCAGCUUAUGUGGAACAUGUAUGGAUGGAGAGAUCUGGGACGAGAAGGUGAAGAACUGUGACAACUUCCUACACUGGGCACCCUUCGAGCUGCUCAACGAAGGCGAAGUGUCGAACAUCUUCCCCCGAGACAACGCCGCGCUGCGCAGAUACGCCAGUCAGAGCGGACACACCAUAGAGGACUCUCCUCUCUUCCAUCUUGUCUUCAACACUGUUGGCACGACAUACCGCCCCGACCCUAAAGCGAGUGUCCAGGAAGAGUUGUACCCCCAGGCUGAGAACCCUAGUCCGGUGUUGGAACUGCUUCUGAAAAUGUACUGUAUUAACGCUGUCGGGACCGUCAAAUUCUGGGUGGCCGACGAGACAGACACGGUGUCCCUGAAAGAAGCCUUAAGGGCUGUGGUGGUGUACAAUAAAAACGUCACCGACAUCGAGGUAUACGUCAUGAAUGAGGCCAGCAGGGACGCGGUUGAGGCGACCAUUGAGAACCUGGUAGCCGAGUGGUCGACCAGCUCGUGUCCGCUCUACACGCGGGAGUUCAUAGCGCAGACGACAGUCCGCAGUCUGUCGCACGACAUUACAAAACGUUCGGUCAGUCCGUCUGUUGGUGAGGAACUCAUCAACGAGUUCAACAGCUGGGAGUAUCGGUGGGCGAACCAGGAACUGUAAAACACACAAUACCUUCAUAUAAUUUUAUACAUUUACAUUUCACUCAAAAUAGUGCUGAACUCACUUGGUAAAUUAAGUUAUUAUAUCACAUAACACUUGAUAUGUUAUUGGAAAAUAUGUAAGAUAAUUGUACCGUUCUUGUUCCAGCAUUCGACUUAACCAUUUUAUAACUGAGCUUUAGUCUAUAGAAUCUGAUCUUAAUUUGUUAGAUAAUGUUUGUUAUUUAACUAUAUUUUAUUUUUAAAAUGUCAUUAGAGUUGGUACAGGUUUAAAACUUAAUAAUAUGGGGUUUUUUUUAUAUUAGUUUUAGCAUUAUUAUUUAAUAUUUGGUUUAAAUAUAUGCAAUUCCUCGGUUCACUUUUGAGGCAAAGGACUGAUGCGUCUUACCUUAAAUCAAUCAUCAGAUAAACUUAGUGCACAGAUAAAUCUACGCUGUGAUAGUUGCAAAUGAAGUUAUACUUGACUUUCCAUUUCAAACUAAAUAUAUUUGUUCAACUAUGAUCUAUUUUUGCAUCAGAUUGUCCAAUUUCCAAAAAAACCCAUAAAAAAAAAAAACCGAAUGUAAAUUUUGUUUAAGCAAAUCUGUGAUAACAUUUAUUGCGAACCGUCCGGAAUUACAAGGGAAUGUCACGUCAAUAUAGAACUAGAAAUUAUUGGGAAGUUUUUUUGUUAAAAACAAGUUUUAUUACAGGCGUGUUUAUGUGAUUACCCUGACCUCUUGUGAUUUUUAAAAUCAAAAGCCUCAAUGGACUCGGGAAUAACUGUCCUCGUAUGGAACAGGCACUAAAUAGAGAUUCAGGGGUCAUUGCCAAACGUCAAUUCGACUGCGGUGUGCAGAGAUACGGUCUUCAUUGUGGAUAACUUUGUGUUGUUCAGGUAAUUAUAUUAUAGUACGUGGGGGGUGGUGGAAGAGAUUUAACAGCCCGAGUGUAUCAAUGUUGUUUUUGGGACAAUUAACAAAAUUCUCCAUUGGCAAGAACAAAGACCACGCUCUAUUAUUAUUAUGGUAAAGACAUUUCACAAUUAUUUUUGUUUGUGAUAUACUUUUACUUACUUGUUUCUGUGAUAGUUGUCAUUGCACGUGUGAUAUUUUGUUUUCUUUUUUAUUAUCACAGUACAUCGAGGGCUCAUAACCAGAACUGAUCAUAUCAAAUAUCAUGGUUUUCACUACAAUAAGUUUUACCAUUUAAUAUAUAUAGCUUUGCUUCACUCAUUAGUUACAUGUAUGCAAACCCCUCCAAAUAAAAAAUAAACUUAAAAGAGAAAAAAAAAGCAGAAGGAAAUGUGAAAUGAUGUGCUUCUUUCACUUUUGCAACUUUUUAGAGUUCUGGUGCACAGCUCUCGAUAAUAUACUGAUUUCUAAUGGAAACUUGACAUACAUAAAAUUUGAAUAAUUUGAUAAAUAUUGUUGGUAAUCGAAAAGAAUCAAUUUCAAAACCACCUUACAAACACUUUGCAUGUAUCAUGAAGUGCAUUGUGACGUUUAGAUCAACUUUCUGAUUCUUUCAUAUCCCACUGUACCGUUUGUUGAUUUUCUCCAAAAUAAUUGCAGUCCUUGUAAAGUUUCUUUUGGAUGUCAGUGUAUUUAAUAUUUCUGCCCUAUUCACUUUGUUUUCACAUCUAAUAAAGAAUUUCUUUGA